CAAAAUCGUAGAUGAUAUAUACGGAUCUCAUGUUUCCAUCAAUGUUUAUGAGCCAAAAGUGAAAGAAAAAACUGCAGAUUUUAGUGCAUCAUGGGUUGAGAUGUCAAAUAACGAGAACACGAGCUAUUAUGAAACAAUAGCUGCUGGAUCUGUUGUGUGGCCAAGCUUGCAUGGUGAUGAUUUUGCUAGAUUUCACACUACUUGGUAUGGUAAGGACAACAAUGCUUGUUGGGAUCACCGAUGUCCUGGUUUUGUGCAAGUUAGUCCGAGCGUUGUCCUUGGAGGAAGGAUACAUCCAGUUUCUACCUAUAAUGGCGCUCAAUAUGAAAUACAUGUUCAUUUGUUUAAGGACCCAAAGACCGCAAACUGGUGGUUAGCAUAUGGUAAGAACAAGACCCCAGUUGGAUACUGGCCGGCUUCAAUCUUCAACCACUUGAAGGAUAAAUCGAAUAUAGCAUUUUGGGGUGGACAUCUUAGUGGCCCAACAGUUCAGUCAUAUUUUCCUGAAAUGGGUAGUGGGCAUUAUGCUUCGGAGGGUUAUGGGAAAGCAGCUUUUGUGAGAGAUAUUAAAAUUGUGGAUGGGAAUAACAUGUAUGUUACACCGAAUAGCGCAAAGACCAUUGCAAGCAGUAGCAAGAUGACAUGUUACACAGUUGAUAAAUUCGGGCAGGACAAUGAUGGCAUGCAUGUCUAUUAUGGUGGACCAGGUGGAUGUACUAAUUAGGUACAUGGUUUUGUAAUCUAAGUACAAGUUGACAAUAAGUUGUAUCAUCGAGAUGAAUCCCCUAUCA